AUGGCGGGCGACGAGUCUGGAACAACGCUGGGUCAGCCUCACUUGGCCAAACAAGACCUCAGUACUCUCGAUGUGUCCACCCUGACGACUCUGUCCCCAGAGAUUAUCAGCAGGCAGGCCACCAUCAACAUUGGCACCAUCGGUCAUGUGGCCCACGGGAAGUCCACGGUGGUCAAGGCCAUCUCAGGUGUUCACACCGUCAGGUUCAAGAACGAGCUGGAGAGGAACAUCACCAUCAAGCUAGGCUAUGCUAAUGCUAAGAUCUACAUGCUGGAUGACUCCAGCUGUCCCAGGCCCGAGUGCUAUCGAUCUUGUGGUAGUAGCACCCCCGACGAGUUCCCCACAGACAUUCCCGGCACUAAAGGCAACUUCAAACUUGUCAGACACGUGUCCUUUGUGGACUGUCCCGGUCACGACAUUUUGAUGGCCACCAUGUUGAACGGAGCUGCCGUCAUGGACGCCGCCCUCCUGCUGAUCGCGGGGAACGAGUCGUGCCCUCAGCCGCAGACGUCUGAGCAUCUGGCCGCCAUCGAGAUCAUGAAGCUGAAGCACAUCCUCAUCCUGCAGAACAAGAUUGACCUGGUGAAGGAGAGCCAGGCCAAGGAACAGUACGAGCAGAUCCUGGCCUUUGUGCAGGGCACGGUGGCGGAGGGCGCCCCCAUCAUUCCCAUCUCUGCUCAGCUCAAGUACAACAUUGAGGUGGUGUGCGAGUACAUCGUCAAAAAGAUCCCGGUUCCCGUCCGAGACUUCUCCUCCAAGCCCAGACUCAUCGUCAUCAGGUCGUUUGACGUGAACAAGCCCGGCUGUGAAGUUGACGACCUGAAAGGUGGGGUGGCAGGCGGAAGUAUCCUGAAGGGGGUGCUCAAGGUGGGCCAGGAGAUCGAGGUGCGACCGGGCAUCGUGUCCAAGGACCACGAAGGAAAGCUGAUGUGCAAGCCCAUCUUCUCCAAGAUCGUCUCCCUCUUCGCCGAACACAACGACCUUCAGUACGCCGCGCCCGGAGGCCUCAUCGGCGUGGGCACAAAGAUCGACCCCACGCUGUGCCGUGCAGACAGAAUGGUGGGUCAGGUGCUGGGCGCCGUCGGUGAGCUGCCAGAGAUCUUCACCGAGCUGGAGAUCUCCUACUUCCUGCUCAGGAGGCUGCUGGGCGUGCGCACUGAAGGAGACAAGAAAGCCGCCAAGGUCCAGAAGCUUUCCAAGAAUGAAGUAUUGAUGGUGAACAUCGGGUCACUGUCCACAGGCGGCCGCGUCAGCGCCGUCAAAGCCGAUCUGGCCAAGAUUGUCCUCACCAACCCGGUCUGCACUGAAGUCGGAGAGAAGAUCGCCCUGAGUCGACGUGUGGAGAAACAUUGGCGUCUGAUUGGCUGGGGACAGAUCAGGAGAGGCGUGACCAUCACGCCCACAGUGGACGACGACUGAGGAGGGCUACAGCGGACAUUACUGAGCGCAUCACAACUCGCCUUGAUUUUAUUUUACAUUCUUCUCCCGCCAAAGAGGACAGACGGGAAGGGCGCCUCAUCGCGAAACGUCGCCUGCCUCCCCGCCAGUGUGGCGAGGAGACACUUUGGACUGUCGUGAUCAUCCUCCAUUGGAGAUGUUUUAGUGCAGCAAACUGUCCCUUUCUCUCUCAUCAAAUAAAGUACAUUUGGAACUAA